AUGCGCGCUCUUCGCAUGUCAAAAUGCGUGUCCAAGUUGCGUAAAGCCUCCCUAGCAGUCAAGUGCUCGCUCUAUCGCCUCGAAUCCAGUCUUAAAUCCGCAAGCUGCUGCACCACUUCUCCCGCUCCAUGGGAAUACGACUUUGACCAAGCCCCGCGCCCUCGUAUUGGCCCUACCCCACCUCUUUCGCCUUCGCCAGCUCCCCCGUGCAAGAUCCCCUCGGACGCUCUGCACAAAGUCUGCUAUCAGCACAACUGUGCAUUCGAGCGCUCAGUGGAUACGUUCCUGGACACCUCGAGUACCUGCAGUGUCAGCGUGGCCGAUGGCUUGACUAGCGUUAGCGGUGGCAUUGACAGUGGCGUUGGUGGGACUGCUGGAAAGGUUGCGAAGACCCCAAGCUAA